AAAACUGUCCGUAAAUUCCAUCACCUUUUCCAGUUUGUGUGUGUGACAUUACAUUCAAGAACCCAAAAAUCUUUCUAGAUUCAAAUCACAAUAAUACGAAAAAAAAAAAAAGAAAAAAAAAGGAAAGGCGAAAUUUUCAGAAUUCGAAAGGUUUCCUUUACGGCGGACGAAAAUUAAUGCAGGAAAUUAUAGUUUAUCCGUCGCAUGCAGAGCCGGGGCUCCGACGGUGAGACUUCUCCGGCGGCUGCGGCGUCGAUGGUUAUAUAACCCUUUUUGAUUUUUUUUUAAAAGAAAGAAGAAAAAGGAAUAUUGUUUGAAGAAAUGGGUUCGAGCCCGACCCCGAGCACCGGCGGCGGAGGGUGGCGGUGGCACGGAGGCGGGAAAAAUAGCAACGGGAAUAACGAAGCGUGUGUGUUAUCGUCAACUUUUGCGUAUUUCUUGUCGUCGUUUGUGGUAUUGGGCGUGAUUGGGAGUUUGUAUGGGAGGUACAUGGUCACGCCUAACGUGCGCCGGGGGAUCGCGGCGCUUGGUUGUUUAGACGACAGUGAGGGCUCGUGGGCCCUCGGCGUUUUCUAUGGGGACUCGCCUUUCUCUCUCAGGCCCAUUGAAGCUAUGAAUGUUUGGAAGGAUAAGAGUGCAGCAUGGCCCGUCGCCAACCCAGUGAUGACUUGUGCGUCUCUCUCCGAUGCUGGAUUUCCUAGUAACUUUGUUGCGGACCCCUUUCUUUAUAUACAGGGUGAUGUCCUUUACCUAUUCUAUGAAACGAAAAAUUCGGUUACAUGGCAUGGAGAUAUUGGAGUUGCACAGAGUGUAGACAAGGGAGUGACGUGGAAGCAGCUGGGUAUCGCUCUAGAUGAAGAAUGGCACCUGUCCUAUCCUUAUGUCUUUGAUUACAAUGGAAACAUAUAUAUGGUGCCGGAGGGCAGUCUAAACGGGGACAUUCGUCUGUAUCGUGCAACUAACUUCCCGUUGGAAUGGACACUCGAGAAGAUAAUUUUGAAAAGGCCACUUAUUGAUUCCUCUAUCGUUGCACACGAGGGGAAGUUGUGGCUUUUUGGCUCGGAUAACAGUUGGAUUGGCACGGAGCAAAACGGUCAGCUCGAGAUUUGGUAUAGCGACUCGCCUCUUGGUCCUUGGAAGCCUCAUAAGAAGAACCCCAUAUAUAACACAUACAAGACCAUGGGAGCUCGGAACGGAGGCAGGCCUUUUGUGUAUAAUGGAGAUCUAUAUCGCGUUGGUCAAGACUGUGGUGCGACGUACGGGCACAAGACUCGUCUGUUCAAAAUUGAAGUUCUGACCAGCGAUGAGUUCAAAGAGGUGAAUGUUCCCUUCAGCCUUGAAGAUUCAAAUAAGGGAAUAAAUGCUUGGAAUGGCGCCCGCAACCAUCACCUAGAUGUUCAGCAGCUGAGUUCGGGUGAAUGGAUUGGAGUCGUUGAUGGCGACCGAGUCCCCUCGGGAGAUUCCAUUCGUCGUUUCAUUCUGGGAUCGGCUUCAGUUGUUGCCGUUGCUGCAUUGAUCAUACUCGUUGGAAUCCUAGUCGGGGCCGUGAGGGGUAUCGUACCGUUGAGUUGGUGCCCUCACAACAUGGGGAAGAGAAGCGACACAGUCGCUGUCUUGGCUUGGGAAAGACCGAACUUAUCUUCGAAGCUCAGACUUUUAUGCAGUCGUUUGAACAGAGCGAGCUCGACUCUCCGUGCCAGAACAAGGUCGAACACCUGCAUUGGAAGCGUCAUCCUCGCUCUGACAAUCAUGGUGGCCGUGGCGCUGACAUGUGCUGGAGUGAAAUACAUAUACGGUGGGAGUGGCGCACAGGAAGCCUAUCCAUUGAACGGUCACUACUCCCAGUUCACUCUCCUAACGAUGACCUACGACGCUCGACUGUGGAAUCUGAAUAUGUACGUGAAGCACUACUCGAGAUGCUCCUCGGUGAGGGAGAUCGUCGUGGUGUGGAACAAAGGAGCGCCUCCGCGGCCGAGUGAUUUUGACUCGGCGGUGCCGGUGAGGAUAAGGGUGGAGGAGAAGAACUCGCUGAACAACCGGUUCAGGGUGGAUCCACUGAUCAAGACCCGAGCGGUUCUUGAGCUGGACGACGACAUCAUGAUGACGUGUGAUGAUGUGGAGCGCGGUUUCAGGGUGUGGCGCGAGAAUCCGGACCGGAUUGUUGGUUUCUACCCCCGCCUCGUUGAUGGCGCCCCGUUGAAGUACAGAGGCGAGAAGCAUGCGCGCAAGCAUAACGGAUACAACGUCAUCUUGACCGGGGCUGCCUUCUUCGACAGCCAGGUAGCAUUCGAUAGGUAUUGGAGCGAGGAAGCCGCCCCGGGUAGGACGUUGGUCGAUACGUUUUUCAACUGCGAGGACGUCCUCAUGAACUAUUUGUACGCCAACGCGAGCUCAGGCUCGAGCUCGGUGGAGUACGUGAGGCCCGCGUGGGCGAUCGACACGUCGAAGUUCUCGGGAGUGGCCAUCAGCAGGAACACUCAAGCUCACUAUGGGAUCAGAAGCAAGUGUUUGCAGAAGUUCUCUGAAAUGUAUGGCAGUUUAACUGAGAGGAAGUUGGAGUUUGGUAGGAGAAAUGAUGGGUGGGAUGUAUAGUAAAUUAAAUUACUUUGAAAAUUGUAGUUUUAUUUUGCUAGUGUAUUUCUACCUCCUGCUGUGAAUUUUUUGCUUUGGAGGGACUUGCUAUGGAUAGUUUUGGUCAGAUCUUCAAUAUUCUCAGUUUUGAUUCACAA